AUCUGUGUGAUCGAGUAUUUUGAUCCUUACAAUAGGACUUGUGGUUGGUGCUUUGCUAUUUUGGUGUUAUUAAUAUGGGGGAGCAUCUCUGCUGCAAGAAGUCAGGGAAAAAAGCCAUCAGAAAUGCCUUAGAAAUUAAUCAUUUCUCUAUCCUGCUUUCUCCUGUUAUAAGCUGAAUUCAGUAUAUUAGAGGUAUAAGUAGUUAUGGAGAAAAUAAGAUGUGGUCAGGUAAGCGCGGCCAUGAAGAAAGGAAAAAAGAAGCAGGCCAAGGGUGAGCUGGAUCGUCUGAAGCAGGCUGAGAAGAAAAAGAGGCGCUUAGAGAAAGCACUUGCAACUUCUGCUGCUCUACGAUCUGAAUUAGAGCAGAAGAAACAGAAGAAGAUAGAAGAACAGAAAAGGCUGGAUGAAGAAGGAGCCUCAAUUGCUGAAGCAGUCGCUCUUCAUGUCCUAGGAGGGGAAGAUGCCGAUGAAUCCUGUCAUUUCAUGAUAAACAAUACCAGUAAGCAUAACCAUUGGGAGUAUUCAAGUAAUAUUGAUAUUUCCAUGGAUUAUCAAAGCUUCACAAAUUAUUCUAUUGAUGGAUGGGGGUUGGGAACCAACGCAUAUAAUCCUUCAUGGAAGUGGAACAGUUGGGGGAUUGGAUUGCCAUUGCCUCCUCAAUUAUUUACGGAAGAUGUUCAAUCACCGCAUUUUCACAAGGCAAGUCAAGGACCAGAUAUUUCUGCAGAAAUUUUGGCUGCACAGGCUGUUUCAUCGCUGCAAAUUGCAGAAGAUUCACAUGCAGCUCAAUUUGUUGGACAAGGAGCUGCAACCAUUACUAAUAAAAUGCUGGGAGGCAGCAGUACCAGUGACAAAGUCAACAUUUACAGGAAGAUAUAACAUAAUUUGAAUGAGUUUGUGAAUAGCUAUAACAAAAUUUCCUCUCUAGUGAGAAUGUAUUCAGUUUCCAUUGACUGGUACGGUGUCUUGCAAAAUGCUUGUGUUCUUACAAUGUGUUUGGAGGAAAUCUCCAUUUUUGUGCACUCUACACAUUGUUGCUUUCUUGUGCAAAAUGGAAUUACCUCACAGUUGACUCCA